GACCGGUAGCUUGUAGUCAUCAUGGCAAGCUUGUUUAGGAAAGGAACAAUUUCCAAGGACCCUAAAUUACAGCAGGAUUUGGAACGUUAUUAUAAGAUACGAGCUGCUGCCUGUCGAAUUUUGUCGAUCGCUCAGAAUCCACUACAACGUCUUGAUGCAGCUAAAACACUACUUGUCAGUCAUGCACAGCUACUUAGUUGUAUGCGAUUAAUCCAACGUGAAAAGGUUGAAGAUGCCAAGCACGCGAACGGAACGCUUUCCGACACACGACUUAGAGAAGCUUCAAUCCUUAAUGGGACUGUUUUACGAAAAUCGUGUUUCGCAAAGCCAGGCUACGCUCAAUUGUGCUUAUCAGAUAUUCGUAUACCAUUGAUCUGGCGUAAUAUAGCCCCAGGGACUAACAUGCAUUUGACUAUGCAACAGUUAUUUCCAACGUCUAGCAUUGUUAGUGGUUUACUACCAGCUGUUGUUAAUGCUUCUGGAGAUAAUGCGGACUAUUCAGAUAGUGGUGAACAAUGUGAUGGUUAUAGUUUGUUUUGUACAAUCCAAGUUGGUCAUAUAAUUCGAGAUACUCGGCUAAUCUUCGAUAUCAAGCCUGGUACCGCAGAUAUUGAAUUUAAUGAUAAAUGGACGUUUGAUGAUGUGACAUCGGAAUUCGAAUGUGUAAUUGAAAUCUAUGCUUUUCCAAAGGGAGGUUCUAAAAGCAAUUCUUUAUUUUCUAAACGUCGAAUUUUACCUAUCUAUGAGGGAGUAAGAAGAUCAUCAGACCAACAUGUGAAUUCCGACUCAUCCAUCAAUCAAAAUUCAUCUCAAUAUUUUGAUUUAAUUGGACGUUGUGUUGCCACUUUAAAAGAUGUACAAAAUAAAGUUUCUUCACAUACACUAGAAAUGGGUAAUCAACUUGUUUAUUCACGUGAAUGUAAAAAUUCAUCAUCACCUGUUUCUAUUUCUACAACAAUACAUAGGAAUUCUGUAUUUACUGACCAAUCGAAUGAAACAUCAGAAAUAUGUGAUUUACCAUUAUUUGGUAAUAUUUGUUAUCGACUUAUUGCACAACCUCAUUCAACUAAAUUACCAUUAAAGUCUGGAUAUCUGUGGAUUCGUAAAUUAACUCCUUCGCCUAUUCAGACGCCUAUGAUGCUUUAUCGUUGUGAACUUCGAGAUCGUUACCUUUGGGCCACGUUCAUUAAUACAAGUCAUUAUGAAGGUAGUUCACAUGGAUUUUCUUCAUCCGAUCGUAAUAAUCAAGUGUCAAAAUGCGAUAACCAUGAAACUGGUUCUUGUUUUAAUCCAACUGGUGCGAAUUCUGAAGAUUUUAUCCAAAAUCAUAAAAGAUUCAUUGCUCCUAAAGAACAUUCUCAUGAAAAUAAUUUUUUGAAAAAUCCAACAACUUUCUUUCGAACGAUUGAUUUAUCAAGAAACAAUUCGUCUGCACAAAAUGAAUUUGACCAUACUUCAAUUAAUAGUUCAUUGGGUUCUGGAAUCAAUCGUAAUUUAUUGUCAUCAUAUAAUUGUUAUGCUGAUCUAAUUAUACCUAUUCAUACAGAAACGGACUUUCUUGAUUCACAGCUCGUCCUAAGACAAACUGAGCUAAGUGUAUCUCAAAGAACCAAUGAAUCGUCAAACAUCUCUGGGAAUGACUUCAAUAAAUCAAAUGAAUGUAGUAUUCCUUCACCUAAGGAUGAUGGACCGAAUUCCGAUGUCAAGUGCCAUCAUCCAGAUGUAAAUGAUGUCUCUUUAGAUAAGAAACGAGCAUUUUCAGCAAUAGAUGUAUCAUGUUUAUCUAACAGCUCAAGUUCUAAUGAUCAUUCGUACGCCACACAAUCUUUCUUUUCUACAAAUAAACCUGGAUUAUUGAAUUGUCAGUCUGUUGAUAACAUUUUGGAUCUUUCGAAAACUGAACAUGUACAUUUCCGUGACGAAACAAAUAUCCUAGAAUCACAGUUAAACAACCUACGGAGUCAGUCAGAAGCAGCAUCCAUUACAAAGUCUGAUGGUUUAUCUCCAAAUGUGGAAAAGUUUAUGUCUGCUUCUAAAAGCUCAUUGUCUCCAAUAAGAAAAGAUUUUAACAAACCCUUACCUAACCCCGUGGACUCUAGGAAGAGAUAUAAUAGAGUUUCUCGUUCUGUAGAACCUGUGCACAGGAUUUUUCCUAAAGUAACAACUGCUCACAAAAUAGAUACAAGCAGCUUAUUUGAUUUAACUAAAUUUGGAGAACUGCAAUAUUUAACACCGCAUUCGUCUAAAGUUUCUUCAUUUAUUUCAGUUAACGAUUCUAACAAAGAUAACAAAAUUGAAUGUCAUCAACCAUGUGUGUUUUCAUCUCAGCUACUUACAUUUCGUAUUGCUACUUGUCAUUUGGACAGAAAUGUCUCCUCAACUAGACACCAUUUAUCAGAACUACGACAAAACGGUUCCUCUGUUGAAGUAUUCGAAUUCACAGCGACACAAAUGAUGGAGAAUGAUCUAGAUCAGUUAAAUGAAUCAAGCACAAUAUUUAAAAGUGAUGAAGAAGAAACCAUUGCUUGGUUUUCCAUUAUGAAAAAGCAUGUACAGGAACAAGAACUUUGGGGCUCUGAAGCUUUCUCCGAGACUAUUAAUAUCCCUAAAAGUAAAUCAAAUUCUAUUCGAAAUACAAGUGCCCGUCGAUCAGUAGCAAUUCCAUCUGAUAUUUCUUUUCUAACAUAACAUACCAUUACUUUUGUAAUUAAUUAUUCUACUUUCAUUUAUAUAAUUGUGAGAAAACAUAAAUUUACAAGUUAUCUUUUUGAAAAAAAAGAAUUCAUUGUUCAAUGUUUUAUAAUGUUUCUUUUGUCUACUAGAUUCUUUUAUUCAUCUGUUUAUUUAUUUGUUUUUAAUGGUAAAUAGUUAUUUAUUAUAGUCCUUAUGUUGUGUAAAUAAGUAGAAUCUAUGAUUUAGUAAACUAUUUAUUGUAUUCUAUGUUAAUAUUUUUGUUUUGUUAUACCUUAUACUCACAAUUAUCCAUGUUUUCUAUUUGUUUCCAUUUUUUGUAUACAAAGAUCUGGUUUUAGACGUUUGAUUGCUAUUGCUUCGGCAAGUUUCAAAAGGUUUGAAGGUGAUCAACAAACAAUCAAAUUCAAACCUUUUGAAAUUCGCCGAAGCAAUAGCAAUCAAAUGUUUCCAUUUUGUUUUGUAAAUUAACCUUUGGUUCUGCUUUCCUAUUUUAUUUUUUUAAAGAAAAAAUACUAAGUAAUUAUAGAUUAAAAACUAGCCAGAUAAUUGACUAUUCCUAAUUGUUUCGAUUUCUAUAUCAUUUAGUUGAAGUGUAAUUUAUGAAUGGUUAUGUAUGUUCGUGAUUAUGAAAUACAUUAAAAGUGAAAGUAGCUACAUUAAUGUGAUCUUUAUUAAGUCAUGCAGUUUCUAGUUUAUGGUCAUUUACUUCUCUUUUUACAUAGAAGGUAUAUGCGACUAAAGAAUAGUGAUUACAUGAGGUGGUGUUAAAUUUAUAAUCUAAC